AUGAUUAUAACACAUGCUAUUAAGAGAUAUGUCAAAUUUGGUCAUGAUAUAAACUCUGGCGAAGACAUUGAAAAGGUGAUAAAGGAUAUAGCAGGGACCAAUGUUGCUCAUUUAGAACCAAAUAGAAGUCAACGUAAUAAUGAUCCGGCACUAGGAACAAUAGCGGGGAUCCGGAAUUGGCAUGAAUGGUCUUGGCCUGAUAACGAGACUGAAGCGGGGUAUAUUUAUGCAAGGUCUUUACCCGGAAUCAACUCAUGGAAAAAAUUCACACCUGAAAGUAUACAAAAAAUCAUCAAGAAACGUGUUAUAAAAAAACCAGAACCUACUAUCACUUCACAUAGCCAUCUAAGCAAAUCUUGGACUAUGCCAAUGCCAGAAAUUCAAGGUGACAAAAAUUUAUAA